ACCAGUCCAAAUUUGUGUGUGUUUAUAUAAAUUUACAACUGACUUGUGAUUCAGUACCAAACAUUUCGAGACAAAGUCAAGUUGAAAGAAACUUUGAAUAAUGAAAAGCAUUAUUUUAGUUUUAGCAAUAACAGCAGCCGCUUCAUCUCUGCCGAUUGAUAUAAUUCAAGAUGAAAAUAAUCAAGAAUAUUUGGUGAUUCCACUCGAAAGACAAAAAAGAGACUUGACAUGGGGUGCAAAUCAAAAUGGUUAUUCGUUAGGACAAAAAGGUACGCUUUGGAGUAACGAUCAUCACCAAGUCGAUGGUGAAUACGGUGCAUCAAAGGCUUGGAAUUCACACGGACUUAAACCUGACUCGUACAGAGGCGAAUUGGAUUACUCCCAUAAACCUUCGGGCUCCACAGCUUUUGUCGCUGCUAAUAGAACUCCAGGUUAUGGCACUGAUGGAGCUGCUGGAUUGAAAUACAGCAUAGCUCAAGGAAAAAAUUAUAAUGUAGAUCUAACAGGUCAAUACACACGGCAUUAUGGAGGACCUGGUGGUACAGGUAAACCCGAAGGGCAAGUGCUUUUGACAGGGGAAUACAGGUUUCCAUAAUGAUAGAUUCUUAAUUUAAUAUUUCUCUCUGUUUAUUAAAUAUUAAAAAUAAUAUAUAAAA